CCCCCGUCGCGACCUCGCCACCCAAUUCAAUUCGAUUCAACGACGCCGCUUCCUUGCCCGGCGAUCCAGGCGAAUCCUCCUCCUACCUACACUACACCAACCCCGCCGAUCGAGAGCAAGACCAGCCGGCCGGCGGAAUACACACAAUGGCCCAGCUCAAGGCUGCGCGCGUCGCCGACGUGCCCACCCUGGACGUGGUGGCCCCCGGCCUAGUUGUCGCCGAGGCGGACGCCAGCGCCGCGAUCGCCGCGGCGCGCGGGCCGGGCGGGCGGUUCUCUGUGGUCGGGCACCGCGGGAAGGGGAUGAACGCGCUGGCGUCGGCGGACCGGCGGCUGCAGGAGGUCCGCGAGAACACCGUCCGCUCCUUCAACGACGCCGCGCGCUUCCCCGUCGACUACGUCGAGUUCGAUGUCCAGGUCACCAAGGAUGGGUGCCCAAUCAUCUUCCAUGACAACUUCAUCUACACCGAAGAAGAUGGUAAAAUUUCACAGAAGCGUGUCACUGAUCUUCAGUUGGAAGACUUCGUCCAGUAUGGACCUCAAAAUGAGCAAGGGAAGAUCGGGAAGCCCCUGCUUCGCAAAAUGAAGGACGGCAGAAUGCUUAACUGGAAUGUGCAGUCAGAGGAUGCUCUUUGCACGCUUCAAGAAGCAUUCGAGAAGGUCAACCCGAGAUUGGGCUUCAACGUUGAGCUGAAAUUCGAUGACAAUCUUGAAUACGAGGAGGAGAAGCUCACUCGCAUCCUCCAGGCCAUCCUGAAGGUGAUCUUUGAGUACGCCAAGGAUAGGCCUAUACUUUUCUCUAGCUUCCAGCCUGAUGCUGCGCAGCUCAUGCGGAAAUUGCAGAGCAAAUACCCUGUAUACUUCUUGACAAACGGAGGGACAGAGAUUUACACUGACGUGAGGAGGAACUCGUUGGAGGAGGCCAUCAAGCUAUGCCUUGGCAGCGGCCUGCAAGGGAUAGUUUCCGAGGCCCGUGGGAUCUUCAGGCACCCUGCUGCCAUACCAAAGAUCAAAGAGGCUAACCUCUCCCUGCUGACCUACGGAACAUUGAAUAACGUGCCGGAGGCGGUGUACAUGCAGCACCUGAUGGGGGUGAAUGGGGUGAUCGUCGACCUGGUGCCGGAGAUCACCGAGGCUGUCUCCGAGCUCAUCGCUCUGCCAGAGCCUGACUCUGAAGUCGAGAACUUGAGCAGCAACCAGGCUGCUAAAGGCGCCGCAACACCGAAUUUCUCGCAACGCGAGAUCUCGUUCCUGCUGAGGCUUAUACCUGAGCUUGUCCAAUAAUGCCUCGCCUUCCUGAUGUCUAUCAUGAAUGAUCUGAUGUAUUACUGAUUUAGUGAUCUGCAUACAAGAAACAAAAAUGCCCUUGCGCAGGGUUAUAUGUUUAUGUAGGUUGAUGAUACGUCUAUCCUGUCCUUGAGCUUGUCCUGGUCCAGUUUUACUUUUGCUGGGAGGGUUGGGGAUUUGAUCAAUGCUGUAGGCAGGGCAUGUGGUGGAGUGAGGUCUGACUGAAACAAUCUGACAAGUGUUUGGACCCCUGAAAGGAGUCUUGAGUGUACUAUCUGUGAUGUAAUACCGUGCUGUUUUGAGUUAAAUCAUAAUGUAUUGCUGAGAGUUGGUAUGAGCA